ACGACGACGACCCUAAACACCGAGCAGUGUGCACUAACACACGAGAGAGGAGAGAGCGAGGUUUAUUUGUGAGAGAAAUAAAAAUGUCUUUCCCACUGUCGGCGCUGCCAAGAUGCGUCGCUCUCCGCUCAAAGCAUGACAACAGUUACCUGUGCUCCGUGCACGACGAGAGCCACGGCGGCAACUUGGUCGAGCUCGUCGGUGGCGGCGGCCCCGACGGCGGCGUGAUGAACCCGCGCUCCAGGUUCUACCUGGAGCCUUCCAAGGAGCACGAGGGGCUUAUGCACGUCAGAUGCUGCUACAACAACAAGUACUGGGUGCCCCAGCAGCGCGUGCUUCACGGCGGCAGCGCUCGCUGGAUCAUUGGCACCGCCGAUGAGCCGGAGGAAGACCUGUCCAAGCCGUCGUGCACCCUGCUCAAGCACAUCCCCAUCGCCGGCGAGCAAGCAGAAGGCGGCUCCACCUGCAGGUUCCUCCAUUCCCAGCUAGGAAAAUAUGCUUGUGUGUCAUCCACUCCUUUUACGUCCAUACGCUCCUACUUGCAUAUAGCAUCACGCGAAGAAGCUGAUGAUCAUCAAGACGGCGGUCUCAUUGAUGCCUUCACUGUCAUUGAUGUGUCGGGGCAGAAGCAGUUGCCUUCAUAUCUUGCUUUCAAAGGCGACAACGGGUGUUUCCUUGGGGCGAAUAUCAUCGAGGGCUACAAAUAUCUUCAGUUUUCAGGAAAAGAUAUUGGAGAUCCAAGAGUGUUCCAUACUAUUUUCACCAAUGAUGAUGGAGUCGUCCGUAUAAAAUCCAACUAUUUUGGCUUGUUUUGGAGGCGCAGCCCAAACUGGAUCUGGGCUGAUUCAGAAGACGCUACCCACAGCAACUCUGACACAUUAUUUAGGGUGACCACUUGGGAUGACUUCAUUGCUCUCCGAAACUUGGGCAACAACAAUUUCUGUAAGAGGUUAACCAAAGAAGGGAAGACAGAUUGCCUCAAUGCUGAUGUUGAUUCCAUCACAAUCGAAGCAAGAUUGCAGUGCCAUGAACCAGUUCUUUCCCGAGACAUCUACGAUGUCGAUUUUCACCAGCAUGAAGCUAGGAUGUAUACCAAAGAUAUUGAUGGCCUUGGUAGCCAAACUGUUAAAAACCAGAGCAGUACAAUAAACAAAACCACGUUAACCUUCACGUACACAAAUACGGUGGCGACUACCUGGAGUACUACUGUUUCACUGAAGAUAGGCAUCAAAACCACUCUUAAGUCCGGGAUCCUAUUUGUUGUUGAUGGGAAAAUUGAGGUUAGCUCUGAAUUCAGUGGAUCAUAUACCUGGGGAAAAACUGAAACUGAACAAAAGCAAACUAGCAAACAAAUUACUGUUGAUGUUCCUCCGAUGAAGAAAGUGACAAUAAAAGCGAUCGGAUCAAAUGGUGUCUGUGAUAUUCCCUUCUCAUACAAGCAGACCGAUGUUUUGACCAACGGGCAGGUGGUUACCAAAAAGUUCACCGAUGGCAUGUAUUUUGGUGUUAAAACCUCUAGUAUCACGUUCCAAACCAUAGAAGAGGACCUGUAGUGAGGACUGAAAAGAGACAUGCAUGGAUCGUGAGAGUUGAAAACUACAUCAUAUAUAUGUACUAAAUAAAUUAAGAUGUAGUUAACAUGCAUCUGUGCAUGGGUCAUGGUUUAUUUCUGGCGUUCACAGUCGAGCUACUUUGUGUUUCCCUUUUCUUGUAUGUUCAGAAUAAGAGGCUAUGCCUGCGUCCAUCAAUCUAGUGGUGUGUGGAUGUCUUUGAUGUAACGUAACCUGAAUUCAGUUUGUGUUGGGUUCGAUGAAAUAACCAAUACUACUGUAAUGAAUUCAGUUAUGUGUUGCAAUGUCUACAUGUUUACUACCGUAAUGAAUUCAGUUAUGUGGUUUGCAA